UAGUCGGGAUCACAACCGAAGAUGGCGGACAGCGAGAACUCGGUAGAAAUGGAGGGACUUUUCCAGCCCCCAAACGAGCUUCAGAAAGAUGCUCACGUCAAGAGCUUUGAUCAGUAUAAAGAAAUGUACAAGAAGUCUGUGGAAGAGCCAGAAGAAUUUUGGAAGGAGAUUGCAAAAGAAUUUUAUUGGAAGUCGCCCCCCACUGGCCGAUUUCUUGACUACAACUUCGACUACACACAAGGACCGAUAUCCAUCAAAUGGAUGGAAGGAGCGAAAACUAACAUCUGCUACAACAUGCUUGACAGAAACAUUGAGCGUGGUUUGGGAGACAAGAUUGCAUUUUACUGGGAAGGGAAUGACCCGACUGACUGUGGCAAAAUAACCUACAAGGAGCUACUGCAGAAAGUAUGCAAGUUCGCCAACGUUCUCAAGGCUCAGGGAGUAAAGAAAGGGGAUCGUGUAGCGAUCUACAUGCCGAUGAUCAUCGAGCUGACUAUAGCCAUGUUGGCCUGUGCCAGGAUAGGAGCCAUUCAUUCCAUAGUGUUUGCAGGAUACUCUGACCUUGCCGUCACACAGCGCCUCUACAGCUCCAACGCUAAUAUUAUCGUCCUUGCAGAUGGUGUGUGGCGCGGCACCAAGCUUCUGAAUCUCAAACAAAUUGUGGAUGAAGCCAUUAGGUUGUGUGGUGAGAGAAGCCACAAAGUGUCCAAGUGUAUCGUAGUGCGGCAUCUGUCGCCGUCAGACGAGGAGGUGAUAGAUGGAGAUGGGGACGGCCAUGAUGAACCCCCGGCCAAGAGGCCUUAUCGGAAGCUCAAGAUCAACUGGCACAGCGACCGUGAUGUGUGGUGGCAUGAGUUGAUGAAGGACAGUAGUGAUACCUUAGAACCAGAAUGGAUGGAUGCAGAGGACCCCCUUUUCAUGCUGUAUACAAGUGGUUCUACAGGCAAACCUAAAGGAGUGCUUCACACUGUUGGAGGCUACAUGUUGUUCACGGCAACAACGUUCAAGUACGUGUUUGACUACCAGCCUGACGAUGUGUACUGGUGUACUGCGGAUGUUGGCUGGAUCACUGGACACUCGUAUGUCUGCUAUGGACCACUGGGAAAUGGAGCCACCAGCAUCAUAUUUGAGGGAACACCGAUGUACCCCGACGCCGGACGACUGUGGGAUGUCGUAGACAAGUACAAGGUGACCAAGUUCUACACUGCCCCCACAGCCAUCAGGUCACUCAUGAAGUUCGGGGACAGCUUUGUCACAAAAUACUCCCGGAAGUCCCUGAAGAUCUUGGGGACUGUAGGAGAACCCAUCAACCCCGAGGCCUGGCUGUGGUAUCACAAGGUGGUGGGCAACAGCCGCUGUGCAAUAGUAGACACCUUCUGGCAGACUGAGACGGGAGGUCAUGUGAUCACCCCACUUCCUGGUGCCACGACCACUAAACCAGGAUCAGCUACAUUCCCUUUCUUCGGUGUAGUUCCAGCCAUUGUGAGUGACGAGGGAAAGGAACUCACAGGCGCCGCUGAAGGAUAUUUGGUCUUCAAGCAGCCAUGGCCCAGCAUCAUGAGAACUGUGUACGGAGACCAAGAGAGGUUUGAGACCACCUACUUCAAGAAGUUUCCCGGGUACUACUGCACUGGAGAUGGUGCACGCAGAGAUGAGGAUGGAUACAUCUGGAUCACAGGACGUAUUGAUGACAUGGUGAAUGUGUCGGGGCACCUGUUGAGCACAGCGGAGGUAGAAUCGGCCCUCAUUGAGCACAAGGCUGUGACUGAGGCAGCUUCUGUCUCACACCCACACAAGAUCAAGGGAGAGUGCAUUUAUUGCUUCGUCACACUCAAGCAGGGAUUUGAAUUCACCUCUGAUCUUACAACUGAACUGAAGAAUAUUGUUCGUGCAAAGAUCGGACCAUUUGCUCAACCUGACUUCAUCCAAAAUGCUCCAGCUUUGCCCAAAACUCGAUCAGGGAAAAUCAUGAGGCGUAUCUUGCGGAAAACUGCAGUCGGUGACCGCCAGCUUGGUGACACAUCGACACUGGCCGAUGAAAGCGUCAUCGAUGCGUUGUUCCAGAACCGACCAAACGAUGCAUAAACUUAUUACCUCCAUUGUAAAUAUAUCUGAAGUCAAGAUGCAGUUGUUACAACAGCUAGGGUCUGUUUUAGCUCAAUUAUUAUCAACAAUAACUGGGAUAAGAUGAGGAAGAUUGUGUGGGAUAUCACUGUUAGGCAGCUUGUUACAUUCAGGUGAUGUGUAUCAGGAGUCGUUGGCACUUUGGUUGUGCAUCAUGGUUUCUCUAUUUCUUCUUUGACAGAACGUUGUUUUUAGGGUUCUUAUAUAUUUUAGUGUAACAGUUAGUUAGUGUGCAUUUCGGGAAACAGUUUAUGGUUGCUCUUUUGGGUUGUCGGUUUUAGUGUGGAUCAGAUUUUAACUUUCAACUGUCUCUUGUACGGGCUGAACAAAUGUGGACUUCAUUGCAAGACGCCUUCGAUGAGGUAUGCAGUGAAAUUAAGAUGGAAAGUCAAGGGGCCCUUCUUAAGACUCUUGAUGUUAAAUGCUACACAUUUAGGAGUCUGGAUUCAAGUACUAUAGAGCAAGCAUCAAGGGUCCAUGGCCCCCAUAUUUCGAACCAUGGGUAAUUUUAACAGUAUGUAUGUGAUAGCUUUGAUGAAGUAAUGCAAAGUAUGUGAUAGCUUUGAUGAAAUUACAACCUUGGCAAAAUAACAGUAACGUUUUAUGAUAGCCUUGAUGAAGUAAAUGUAACAGUUUGCGAUCUCAGUGUACAACUCUUUCACAAUCUUUCAAAUUGAUAGGAAGUACUGAUGAAUAAUGAUGUUUGAGAAGAAUCCUACAAUGAACUAAACAGAGAACCUGCAACAUCACUUCAUUAUGGGGGCACAGUUGUCUGAGAUGCCACAACUUGCUGUGCAGAGUUACAUGCGUUGAGCAUGCCUGAAAUCUAUUAUCAUGGGUUGGAAUCUCUGAUGCCCUGUUUCUAGGCUUGUCAGCACCGUACCUGUGCUCAAGGCUUUCACCAAAGUGGUGAACAUCUUCAAUCUGAAUCACUUCGGGCCUUCCUUCAAUGUGAAGCUGACACGCCAUAAUACAAAUGCAAUACUGUUUUAAGUACAUUAUUGCAUAAUUACAAAACUCUUUGUAACAGAAUUAGCCAUAUGUAUCAACAAGAACAUCACUUGGGCACAGUUAGCUCAUCUUGGUAUCCAGGUCAUUGAUGCUUGCUCAAGCCUUCUUGGCUUACUGACAGCAACACUGUUAUGCUUAAUCACUGGCUGAAUGGUAUUACCGUGAACCCUUGAAUAAAUGUUUACAGUAUGGUCUAUUGGCCUACAAUGAUAUAAGGGUGCCCCAAUUCACUGUGCACAGUUGCGCCCCUUAUUGGUUGCUGGAUCAGCAGAUCGUAUUUGUUCUGAUAUUGCGCAUUGAUUUGUCAGCACCAUUCAUGGGCUUUCCUUCCACAUUGAACAUACAUGCCUUGAUAUUACCGAAAUAUUGUUCAAAGCAGUACUUUGUACUGUAAGGCCAUUUUUAUUAUUUGUUGAACCAUGGAUCUACUGACCCUGUCUUCUUCAAUACUGGAUAUAUUUUUCUCCCAAAUUUACACUUACAUGUAUUUUUUUCGCUGAGAAGGACAUUACUAUGUUUAAAAACAAAUCUUCGAUGAAACUUAUGAUGCUCAAUUUGACAUUAAUAUUUUGCAAUUCAGUUUAUGAGUUGGAGCGAAAUUCCUUGCAUAAUAAAUCUUAGAGUUAUGUCCCUUGUCCUUGAUACACAGACUUUGUCUUCCUUGAAAAAAUGACAAAAAAAACAAAGCUUCCAGUGGACAAUGGCACUAAAGAUUGUAAGUUUGUGGAAAAAAUUUAUAUCUGUGAUCCAACAAAUUAAAAAUAUACUGGCCUAAGUGAGAAAUGGUUCUUUGUCUCGUCAGAAUACCAUAAAAAUAUUCUGUCAACAAAUUAAACCUGAGUUGAGAGUAUUAACCUGUCAUCACGAUCUUUAAGAUGAUCAAUUUGUGACAUUUGCCAUCCAUUUUGUCUCACUGUUACAAUGGUAGUAGCAGUAAACUUAUGUUUUUGUGUUUAUACUCAUAUGCCCCUUCAAGAAAUACUAUGUCUAAUUUCUAGUUUUGCUGACUUUUUUGUUGUCCUUUUGUGACAAUUAGCAACUAACAUUGAUAUUUGUUAUAUUACCGUCAAUGUGCCAUUCCUUACUCUCACACAGCAACGUGUGCCAUAUUACACAAGUACUCACAAUUUUGUCACUUAUUAUUUGCCUAUACAUAUCCUUUGUUUCUUGAAUUUUAUAUCAUUUAUUUGUUGUUUUUGUUGGGGAAACUACUAAAACCUAAAUAUUUGUUUAUUUUGCAUUUAUAAGCAAAACCACAAAAUUAAGUUAUGAUCUAUUUAUUUGUAGAAUCUAAUGAGCAUUGAUAAACAUAUAUAUGGGCUGAACAUUAUUUAAUGAAAGAAAUUAUCUUCCUGAGGCAAGUUUUUAAAGUCCAUUAACUCCCUUGCCUUAUUAAGAUGGAAAUGAAAUAAUUACUAGAAUUAUGUAGACCUGUUUUUUUAUUUUAUCAGUAAUUGAUUUAUUUUAUGUGUUUUUAACUUAAGUCUUGUUUGUUAGGGGCUUGAUAAUACAUGAAGGCUGCAGAACAUGUUACCAGGAACGAGAAAUAAUUACAUUACAUGAGGUGCAAUAUGAAAUGUAGCUACAAUGGAAGCUGAAGCAAUAUUAGUGAUGUGAUAUGAACUGUAUCAGUGUUUUAUGUGUUAUUUGGGUAACACAUUACACCUCCUCGUGAAUCGCUUCUUAUUUCAUUACACACUCAGAUUCAGCUGUUUGUUUCGUGGCGGUUGGUAAGGUAUUUCUACAUUUUUGCAGAGCUUACUAACUUUUUGAAAACUGACACAGAAUUAUGUCAUGAAUUGAUACAUGGCUGGUAUAAUUAUAAGAAAUGUUUCACAAGCAUGAAGUAUUCAUCAUUGUAAGUAAUGUAUCACAAUAUUAGCAUUGUGAUAUGAAAGGUAUCUCAAUAUUAGCAUUGUGAUAUGAAAGGUAUCUCAAUAUUAGCAUUGUGAUAUGAAAUGUUAUACAAUACAAGUUCUGUACUGUGAAGUGUGUCACAGUGUUUACGCCAUGGUUGUAUUAUCACCCCUGUUAGCGGGCUAUGUUCAUCAUUUCCUCAACCUUUUUAGUCUUAUUUACAAAAUAACCUGGUUUGCCUGAUCCAAGUGUGUAAGUUGCAUUGGAGAUAUUGCAAAGUAUUAUUUUCUUUUCCAGUAUUCUUUAUUUGUAUUGGCUAUAAAUCUCUCUCGUUAUGUUUCAUUCGGCCGGAACUAUCCCAGCUCAAACUCUCGGCUUAAGAAAACUUAACCUCCAUUGUCUCCAUAUUAUCAAAUAUGAAGAUACAAUAGAAACUAAUGAUAACUUUUAAAAGCUAUAAAUUUAAGCAUUUUAGUUCAGUCAUGGUGCAUUUCCUGUUCUAUCAUUCCAUUUAACAUAACUCUGAAUACCAUGUGUAAUAGUGUGUGGUUUGUAUUCAGAGCCCUGUCAUCCAAGCAUGAAAGGAGAUACUGCAUUGUGACCUAACAUUGGUAUUGGUAGACGGUGGCUACUGUGUGCUUGGUAUAGCUAAUAUAUGAUGAUAAUGAGUUUCAUCUGUGUGCAAGACAAAGGUAAAUGUAAGGGGAAAAUAUCCUGUAAUUUCUUCUUCCUAACUCCUUGGGUACAUCAGUAAAGAGUAAUAUGGUGUCCCAUCCCAAACUUGUCAAAUAUGCAAUAAGACCAUAAUAAAUUGAUGAAAGUACUUUGAGCUCAUUUUUACAUGAAAACAAAUGGUAAACAUUAAUCUGCAAUUCACUUUUGUAACAUGGUCUCUGGGUGACAGAAAGUGCUGAUGUGUAUGUACAAGUAUAGUUUUGAACUAUUACAUAGCCUCGUGAUGGGGUAUGUGCACUACCGUACUCAUUCGCUAAAUUUAUCUGUAAAUUGGUGAUUAGUUGCAAGUUACUUUGUGACCCGAUUAUGCACAUUUCGAUUUGCGGGACACUCCACCAAGGGUUACCAAUUGACAAAGUAAAGGUCACAUACCUUUCUCACCAUGUCAUCGCAUUUCUGCUACACACCAGUGAUUGCAAGCACAGUCAGUGCUUACAUGUAUGCCCUAUGUACUGUACUUAAUUACCUCAGGAGACCUGGAGAUUGUGGUCUUUGCCAUAGUUAUCUCCCCUUGUCCAUCUUCACUGGAUAGAAGUUUGUGUCAAGCAUUUUCGUUUUUUUACAUAAUUCAGUAUUGAUUUGUCUAAUGGUGUUAAGGGAUUGAUUAGAAGUGAAUGAGUACAAUGCGUACAGUCCUCAAUAUGAUAUUGAUAAAGUAAGGUAAGACCUGAUUCACUUUACAAGUGAUUAAUCAUUUUUAAUGAAAUUGGUCCUACAAUUUAUGGGUUUAUUAAAUCGUGUGUCUUUGCAUGAACAUUUUAUUUAUUGGGGAUCAUGAACAGGAGGGAUUUGAAUUGUUCACGGUUGAUAAGUGUUGAAUUUAGAGCAUCCCUUUACAUAGAAAUUAAGGACUCGCAUUCCUAAUCACAUAGAUCAGCAACUCAUUUUUGACAUAGCUGUAGCUAUAGAUAACUUUAUACAGAGAUCUCUAGGUAUAAAUAUAUAUAUGGCAAUAUGUAACAGUUUAGAUAAACUAAUAUGUAUGUAUUUAGCACAGUCAUGUGUCUUUUAUUGUAUGGGUGGUAACUGGAUGCAAGGCAGAUGUUCAUAUCAGCUUCACAAUACAGAAUAUCUUGGUUGUUAGUGUAUGAUAACAUGUAUGUCAGCAGAAUAAAUUUCUACCGGUA